AUGCGUCUGGACAGUUCUCUCAAUGUACCCAAAGAAGACAUUGAAGUCCUUCCAGAUCAAACACCAACCUUUACAAUUAAAAGUGAGAAUCAAAAGUCAACAUACAAAGCCUGCUUUGGAGACGACAACAGCAUGCCCUUUUGUACCUGCCCAGACUGGACGGAGCACCACCUACCCUGCAAGCACAUGUGUGCCAUCUUUCGCAAUUUUGCGCCUGAGUACAGCUGGGACUCCCUUUCUUCCCUUUACAGGCUAAGCCCAUUUUUUCAACUUGAAAAUGAGGAGUCAGUCAUGGGAAAUAAUAUAUCAAUGUCCCAAACUACUAACCAUAAUAUUGAAGAAACUGAAUGUGAAGUGGAAGAAAAUGAAUCUCUAGAGACAACUGUCAAUAAAAUAACAGAAACAAAGAAGAAUACAGCCUUGAAUGUGAAGAAGAAAGCCCUCCAAUGUAGGGAGGUCCUCACCCAACUU